AAUACUUUGCAAGAACUUUGAUGUUUAGGAUUACAAUUUUUCAGAAAUGUAUUAAAAAUUCGAUUUUAAAUUGGUAACGUGUUAGAAAUAUUAUAUUAACUUCAAGUUAAAAUUGAAUUCGGGUGAGAAAAUAAAAAUGACACGAUAUAGCUUGAAAUUAAAAACUAAGCAAGGUCAACAUGUCUUAAAUAACUUGGAAGAGUCAACUACAAUGCAAGAUUUGAAAUCCAAAGUUACAGAAGCUACAAAAUUUUCAUCAUUUAAUAUUUUAAUAGGAUUUCCACCAAAAUCUAUAGAUAUAUCGAAUGAAAGUAACAGUUUAAAAUCUUUUGGAAUUAAUAGCGGUGAUACACUUAUCAUAGAAGAACGACCCAAUAUCGUUGAAGAAGAUGAAAAACUAGCCCGUCGUUUGGCUAAUGAAGAAGAGGAGAGUCGUCAUUUGCAAAGCCUGGCAAAUAGUUCAAAUGGUGGUGAAUUUGAAGGAAUAUUAUUAAAAAAGGUAGUUCCUGCUGAUAAUUCUUGCCUCUUCACAAGUAUUGGUUUUGUGUUAAAUGGCGUUAUAAAUACUGAUAGUGAUGUUUUUAUGCGUCAAAUAAUUGCUCAAUGUGUUGAAAACGACAAAGAAACGUAUAACGAAGGAAUAUUAGGAAAACCAAAUUCGGAAUACUGUGAAUGGAUUCAAAAAUCUGAUUCAUGGGGUGGUGCAAUAGAAGUAUCCAUAUUAUCAAGUUUUUAUGGAAUUGAAAUUGAUGUAGUAGAUAUAACAAAUGCUAUUAUUAAUAGAUUUGGUGAAGAUAAAAAUUAUGGAAUGAGAGUUUUCCUUCUCUUUGAUGGAAUACACUAUGACCCUUUAUAUAUGGAAUCAUUAACGGGUGGUCCACCUAAAACCAUUUUUCCAGUUGAAGAAGAGGGUGUUUAUUUACAGGCAGAACAAAUAGCACAAGAAGCAAAAUCAUCUCGUCAAUUUACAGAUAUUAAUAAAUUUUCCCUUAGAUGUAUACAAUGUGACACAAUGCUGGUUGGAAAAGCUGAAGCUCAAAAGCAUGCAAUGUCAACAGGUCAUACAAACUUUGGGGAAGUUUGAAAUAAUCUUAAGUAUAAAAGCAUUUAAUACCUCAAAACAAAAAAUACUGUACACAUAUAUACUUAUGUAUUUAAAAUGUAUGUAAUUUAACCAGUUUUCACUUUUUCAUUAUAUGGUUUAUUUCAUAAACUAUAAUUUUAAUCAUACACAUUUUAUAAAGACAUAGUUUGCCGCAAUUAUUUUUUUUUUAUUUAGAAUUAAAAACAAUAUAUAAAUUAACUGUUAGCUGAAUUGAAAUACUUGCAAAAUUUUAUUAUUGUAUGUUAGUCUCUAAUUAAUAAUUUCAGAUUUUUUUGAGCAUCAAAAUUUUAUUUGUUUAAGAAUUUAAUAUGUACAUGUUUUUAAAUAUUGCUUACAAUAAAAUUAAUUUGGUAAAUAAUUAUAACCAUAUUUUAUAC